CGAGCCGGGCGCGGGGCGCCGCCCCAGCUCUGAACCCCGAGCCCGCGCCGGCACCAUGCGCGCCGAGCCGGCGUGACCGGCGCCGCCCGCAGCCUCCCCGCGCGUUGCGCCCGCACCCUCGCCGGGCACAGUCGGCCACACAGAGCGGCGCCCGGGAGCUAUGAGCCAUGAAGCCGCCCGGCAGCAGCUCCCGGCGGCCGUCCGCGGCGCGCUGCAGUCCACUCGGAGCCUCCUGCGGCUCUCACGGCCGCCCAGCCGGCCCUGCGCCAGCCCGCACCGUCGCCCGCGCGCCGCCCGGCCGCCUGCUCCUCGUCCUUCUACUGCCUGCGCUCGUCGCCUCGUCCCGGCCCCGCGCCUCGGGGACUGCUGCAGCCAGCGCUCCGCACUGGAAUGAAACUGCAGAAAAAAAAUUGGAAGUCCUGGCAGACGAAGACAGUACAUUGCAACAGAACAGCAGCAGUAAUAUCAGUUACAGCAAUGCGAUGCAGAAAGAAAUCACACUACCUUCGAGACUCAUAUAUUACAUCAACCAAGACUCAGAAAGUCCCUACCAUGUUCUUGACACUAAAGCGAGACACCAGCAAAAACAUAACAAGGCUGUCCACCUGGCCCAGGCAAGUUUCCAGAUUGAAGCCUUUGGCUCCAAAUUCAUUCUUGACCUCACACUGAACAAUGGUCUGCUGUCUUCUGAUUAUGUGGAGAUUCAUUAUGAAAAUGGAAAACCACAGUUUUCUAAGGGUGGAGAGCACUGUUACUAUCAUGGAAACAUCAGAGGCAUCAAGGACUCCAAGGCGGCUCUGUCCACAUGCAAUGGACUUCAUGGCAUGUUUGAGGAUAGUACCUAUGUAUACAUGAUAGAACCACUGGAGCUGCUUCAUGAUGAGAAGAGCACAGGUCGGCCACAUAUAAUCCAGAAGACCUUGGCAGGGCAAUAUUCUAAGCAAAUGAAGAAUCUUAGCACGGAAAUCAAUGACCAGUGGCCCUUUUUAUCUGAAUUACAGUGGUUGAAAAGGAGAAGAAAGAGAGCAGUGAAUCCAUCUCGUGGUGUAUUUGAAGAAAUGAAAUAUUUAGAACUUAUGAUUGUUAAUGAUCAUAAAACGUAUAAGAAAUAUCGCUCUUCUCAUGCUCAUACCAACAACUUUGCUAAGUCUGUGGUCAACCUUGUGGAUUCUAUCUACAAGGAGCAGCUCAACACUAGGGUGGUCCUGGUGGCCGUGGAGACCUGGACUGAGAAAGAUCACAUUGACAUCACCACCAACCCCGUGCAGAUGCUGCAUGAGUUCUCCAAGUACCGGCAACGCAUCAAGCAGCACGCCGAUGCUGUGCACCUCAUCUCGCGUGUGACGUUUCACUACAAGAGAAGCAGUCUGAGUUUCUUUGGAGGUGUCUGUUCUCGCACAAGAGGAGUUGGUGUGAAUGAGUAUGGUCUUCCAAUGGCAGUGGCACAAGUAUUAUCGCAAAGCCUGGCUCAAAACCUUGGAAUCCAAUGGGAACCUUCUAGCAGAAAGCCAAAAUGUGACUGCACAGAAUCCUGGGGCGGCUGCAUCAUGGAGGAAACUGGGGUGUCCCAUUCCCGCAAGUUCUCAAAGUGCAGCAUUUUGGAGUAUAGAGACUUUCUGCAGAGAGGUGGGGGAGCCUGUCUGUUCAACAGACCAACCAAGCUGUUUGAGCCAACUGAGUGUGGAAAUGGCUACGUAGAACCUGGGGAGGAAUGUGAUUGUGGUUUCCAUGUGGAAUGCUACGGACUGUGCUGUAAGAAAUGCUCCCUGUCCAAUGGGGCGCACUGCAGCGAUGGGCCCUGCUGCAACAACACGUCCUGUCUUUUUCAGCCACGUGGGUAUGAAUGCCGGGAUGCUGUGAAUGGGUGCGACAUCACUGAAUAUUGUACUGGAGAUUCCGGCCAGUGCCCACCAAAUCUUCAUAAGCAAGAUGGAUAUGCAUGCAAUCAAAAUCAGGGCCGCUGCUACAAUGGAGAGUGCAAGACCAGGGACAACCAGUGCCAGUACAUCUGGGGAUCAAAGGCUGCAGGGUCUGACAAGUUCUGUUACGAGAAGUUAAAUACAGAAGGCACUGAGAAGGGGAACUGUGGAAAGGAUGGAGACCGGUGGGUCCAGUGCAGCAAACAUGAUGUGUUCUGUGGAUUUUUACUCUGUACUAAUCUUACUCGUGCUCCGCGCAUUGGUCAACUUCAAGGUGAGAUCAUUCCAACUUCCUUCUACCAUCAAGGCCGAGUGAUUGACUGCAGUGGUGCUCAUGUGGUUUUAGAUGACGAUACAGAUGUGGGAUACGUAGAAGAUGGAACGCCAUGUGGCCCAUCCAUGAUGUGUUUAGAUCGGAAGUGUCUGCAGAUUCAGGCCUUAAAUAUGAGCAGCUGCCCACUUGAUUCCAAAGGCAAGGUCUGCUCGGGCCACGGGGUGUGUAGUAAUGAAGCCACCUGCAUCUGUGAUUUUACCUGGGCAGGAACAGACUGCAGUAUCCGGGAUCCAGUUAGGAACCUUCACCCCCCCAAGGAUGAAGGACCCAAGGGUCCUAGUGCCACCAAUCUCAUAAUAGGCUCCAUCGCUGGUGCCAUCCUGGUAGCGGCUAUUGUCCUUGGGGGCACAGGAUGGGGAUUUAAAAAUGUCAAGAAGAGGAGGUUUGAUCCGAGCCAGCAAGGCCCUAUCUGAGUCAGCUGCACUGGAAGGCCUUUACCUUGUGCUGUUGGAUUCUGGGUAUGACGUACUUACAUCAACGUUGCCAGAACUCUUAAGUCAAUAAGCAACAAUAUUGAGUGGUGAUGGCUACAGAACUAAGGUUGGGGAGACAGAGAUGGGUCAAAGAAAACUUUUUGGAGAGAAUUUCAAAGAACUCUUCCCAUCACUUGUCAAUUAAAGGGGGAACAAAAGACCAAGACUCUUAAAACAGUUGUUUCAGAAUCUUUUUUUUGUAAUUAAAGGAGGAAAGGAAAACAACAAUAAAAAUUAAGUGCAAUAAAAGAACCAUUAAAAAAAUAGAAAAUUAUUUCCCCCCCUCAGCCUGCUGGCACUUAAUAAUCUUCUAAAUGAUUUGGCAUGAUUUUUCCCCCCUACCAAUGACAAAACUCCAGUGGCAUGAAGAUCUAAUUUUCGAAAGGGUAAAAACUGCAUGGCCUAUAUACAACAACAAGCUAGCAAGUCAAUCCUCAGCAAAACCUGCAACUGAAUUC